AUGCCACGUGGACUAAAAGAUCCGGAAAUUAUACAGUUUUUAGAAGAAGAAGAAGAGGCUAUCGAUAGUGCAUCUGAAAAUGAGCAAGAUCAUGAAGUAAUAGUAAGUGACCAUGUCACCGAAUCGGAGCAAAGCGAAAACGAAUCGAAUGAUCAGUGGAGUAGUGAGGAUGAGGUCCCUUUACAAAAUUUAGCCAGCUCCUCUCAAAGUCAUGAUCAAUCAUUUUACCUCGGAAAAAAUAGACUAACAAAAUGGUACAAACAUCCACCACGCUCCAUGGUCAGAACUCAACGUUCUAAUAUUGUGACAGAAACUGCUGGACCCAAAGGACCCGCUGGAGAUAUAAUGACUUUGAGCGAUGCAUUUUUGAGUAUAUUUUCAAGGGAAACCGUAGAUCUUAUUCUGACUUACACGAACGAAUAUAUAAUAUCCAUUCAAAACAACUUCCAGAGAGAACGUGAUUGCAAAGUUGUACGAAGAGUUACUCGCAUUCUUUGGACUCCUUUAUAUGUCGGGAGUGCUUCGAUCAUCGCAUUUGAAUUAUCAAGAUUUAUGGGCUGCUGA